AUGGAUCUAAAGACCUUGCUGGACAAUCUUCAUGAUGAGGUAUCCUGUUCUGUGUGUAUGUGUGCAUACACUGAUCCAAAGAAGUUGCCUUGUUUGCACAGUUUCUGUCUUCAAUGCCUAAACGGAAUUCAACGAACGAGCGGCGUCCAUGGCAAAAUAACAUGCCCCGAGUGCAGGAAACAGUUUGAAAUCCCUGGAAGUGGAGAUCCCAGCGAGCUUCCAACCAAUUUUCGUAUCAAUAGUUUGGUCGAUGUCUUGGCAAUUAAAGAGUGCAGUACAGCUAACGUGAAAUGCGGAAACUGCGAGAAAAGGAGCGCGCAGACCUUAUAUUGCUUCCAGUGUUGUUCUUUCUGGUGCGAGGAAUGUAUUUUAGCACAUAACGUGAUACGCACCAACAAAGAACACAAAACGCUGGCUCUGAAAGAUUUUCAAGAUCAAGACAUGGAGGCCGUGUUAAGGCGACCAGCAUUUUGCCAGAAGGAACUUCAUGAAAAAGAGGAGCUGAAGUUCUUUUGUAAGAACUGUGAAGUGUCCAUUUGCAACACUUGUGCAAUGACACUUCAUGAGGGUCACCGCAAAAUGCUCUUGCAAGAAGCUACAAAUGCGCGUAAGACAAAGAUAAAUUCCAUGAUUAAAUCUUUAAAAGAUAAAGUACUGGAAAAACGAAAGGAGUUCGAACAAUUCAACCAAAAGAGCAUGGAAGUUCAAGCGAAAGUAGCCGAAGUAAAAAGCCAAGUGCAGACGAAUGUAGACCAAACGAUUGCACUCAUCGAAGCGAGGAAACAGGAUGUUUUUGAUGCAGUCGAUGAUCAAGCGAACAAAUCACUUGAAACACUCUCACAGAAAAAAGACAAAGUUGAAAAUCAAGUGACAAUAAUUGAAUCAGCAAUUGAACAAACUGAAUCUCUGAUGAAACGAAACUUUAGCACAGAAAUCCUUGGAUUCAAGGAAACAUUUGAUAAAAUCCUACAGGAACGGGGCACCCAAGAAAACCGUGACACUGAAUAUACUCCACGGUUUAGUUUCACUAAAAGUGAAAGACUGAUUAACGUGUUAAACAGUGAAGGUAUAGGUAAUGUAAAAACUGUUUUUAGCGAAACUAAAUCGCAACAAUCAGGAACCAAAGGAAAAGAAAGUAAUAAAGUAAUUGAUGGGAAUAAAGGGGCAAAUGAUCGUGACAGUCCUUUUGAGGCUCAGGUACAAACCAAGCGUUACAUUCCUGUGCUAUCAUUUGGACAAAAAGGUAAGUCUGUUGGAAUGCUUAACUAUCCAUGGGGGGUGGCAGUGAACGAUCGUGAUGAAAUUGCUGUGACUGAGCUCGGUAACAACAGGGUUUCAGUCUUCAGUAGUGACGGCACCCACUUAAGAUCGUUUGGUAAGAAGGGCCAGAAUAAUGGUGAGUUUGAUGAACCUUCUGGGAUCGCUUUUGAUAGUCUCGGCAACAUUGUAGUGGUAGACAAUAAUAACCACAGGGUACAAGUCUUUAAUAGAAAUGGUAAGUUUCUUCGUACGUUUGGCCAAAAUAGAAUUCUUGAUCACCAGCUUAAAAAUUCUGAAGGAUUAUCAAUAAACGUCAACGGUGACAUUAUUGUUGCUGAUAAAGGUAACAAAUUAAUCAAGAUAUUCUCUUCCACUGGCAAGUAUUUACGUAAAUUUGGUGGAGCAGGUUCUUUGGUCAAUCCAUAUCACUGUAUCCAACACGGACAAUAUCUUAUAGUCACAGACUAUGGUGAUGAUUUCAUUAAGAUGUUUGAUCUUCAAGGAAAUUUUAUUUCUAAAUUUGGAAAACAGGGGGAGAAGGAUGGAGAGUUCUAUGGGCCUCGUUAUUUGUCAGUUAACAAACAAGGAUUGCUAAUGGUCUGUGAUUGUAUCAAUCACAGAGUUCAGGUAUUUGAACUGCGCGGAAAGUUUGUUACAAAAUUUGGAAGUAAAGGUAGUGGGAUAGGAGAGUUUAAUUAUCCAGUUUCUACAGCAAGUCUUAGUGAUGGGAGAAUAGUUGUGAGUGAUAAGGAUAACCAGCGAAUCCAGAUAUUUGACCAAAUAUGA